AUGUUACAAAUAUGGGACUUCAUAAUGGCCAUCCCGCCGGUCUCGCGCACGUACCUCGGCGCUGCCACGGCCCUGAUGCUCAUUACUAGAUUGGGUCUCGUCAAUCGUUUUCAAUAUUAUCUGAACUGGCAACUUGUUUUUAAAGAAUUUCAGAUUUGGCGAAUCUUCACUGCAUUUAUCUAUGCCGGCCCAGCAAGCUUUAAUUUCGUAUGGACGAUGCUCUUUGCUUAUAGGUACCUCGUCGCGCUGGAGGAGGGUUCUUUUCGUGGACGCCGUGCCGCUUAUGUGUUAUUUUUCUUCUAUAGCAUGGUGUUCACAACGUUUUUUGCCUUUUUGACGCCUUCUGCUUACCCAAGCGCCUCGUUCUUGAUGUGUGUCGUUUAUCUGUGGUGCCGUCGAAAUCGAAGCCAACGAGUAAAUUUUAUGGGAUGGAUUGUUGUGACCGACUACCUGCCGUGGAUCAUGUUUGGUAUGACGGUGAUUCUUGGGAAUUCCUACAUGGCGGACGGCAUUGGGAUUUUGUGCGGCCACACUUACUACUUCCUGGAGGACGUUUUUCCGCGGCAACCUGGCGGCUGGCGCAUUUUGAAGACUCCACGAUGGCUCAAGUGCAUAUUUGACGAACGCUACCCCGUUUCUGAGGACGAGCGCCGAGAUGACAUGGCCGUCGGAAGAGAU